CGCUCGCAUCCCGAUACUGUCGCGCUGGAGGGUGCGCACUGCGCCUCCUCCUCCUCCUCCUCCUCCUCCUCCGUCGUCGUCCUCCUCUCUCUCUCUCUCUCUUCACUUCUCUCACUCUCUCUCUCUCUCUCUCUCUCUCUCUCUCUCCCUCCUCAGCUCAGUUCACUCACUGACCUGCAAACUUUACCAUUCCACUGUGUUCUUCAGCUCCUUUCUGCCACUUUUCAGCUCCAUUUUCUUCAUCCCCACCACUAUUUUCCGUUCCUCGGAGCUCCGUACUCCGCACUCAAUGCUCCCUCUCGGCGGCUCUGGAUGCCGGAAUCCCCGCAUUGCGCUCCAAAAACCCUAGAUCUCGCCCCCUGCUACCUUCCCACACUUGUUGAACCUCUAUAUUCCAGGCGGUGCUCCGAUCAUUCGGCCGCCGGCCAUGGCAGUCCUGGUGCUCCAGCUCCUGCUUCUGGCGUCGGGCCUCUUAGCUGAGACCGGGCGAGCUGUCACCUUCUCGUCGCGGCUGAUCCACCGGUUCUCCGAGGAGGUGAAGGCGCUUAGGGUUUCGCGAGGUGGAGGUGGGAAUGCCACCGGCUCGUGGCCGGAGAAAAGGAGUGUGGAGUACUACCAGCUGCUCGUGAGCAGCGACUUCCAGCGGCAGAACAUGAAGCUCGGUACCCACUAUGAGGUGCUUUUCCCUUCCGAAGGCAGCAAAACGAUGUCGCUUGGGAACGAUUUCGGAUGGUUACAUUACACAUGGAUUGAUGUGGGGACUCCAAAUGUUGCCUUCCUUGUUGCGCUGGAUGCGGGCAGUGAUCUACUUUGGCUUCCGUGUGAAUGUGUGCAAUGUGCACCCCUUUCUGCCAGUUACUAUAACAGUCUGGAUAGAGAUCUGAAUGAAUAUAGUCCAUCUUCUUCGAGCACCAGCGAGCACCUACCCUGCAGCCAUCAGCUAUGUGAAUUGGGCCCAAACUGCAAAAGUCCCAAGGAGUCAUGCCCUUACACAGUCAAUUACUACUCUGAAAACACAUCGACUUCUGGACUGCUUGUUCAGGACGUAUUGCAUCUUUCAUCUGGCAGUAAUGGUGGAUCAAACCAUUCUGUGAAGGCUCCUAUCAUUCUAGGGUGUGGUAUGAAGCAAAGCGGCGGCUACUUGGAUGGCGUUGCUCCUGAUGGUCUUAUUGGCUUGGGAAUUGGAGAAAUUUCAGUCCCUAGCAUUCUUGCCAAAGCAGGAUUGGUCCGCAACUCUUUCUCCAUGUGCUUUGAUGAAGAUGACUCAGGGAGAAUAUUUUUUGGGGAUCAGGGUCCAGUAUCCCAGAAGAACACGCCAUUCCUGCCCCUAAAUGGGAAAUAUGAAACUUACAUUGUUGGGGUGGAGGCAUGUUGUAUCGGGAACUCUUGUCUUAAACAGUCAGAUUUUAAUGCACUGGUCGAUAGUGGGGCCUCAUUCACCUUUCUACCAAAUGCAGUUUAUGAAAGAAUUGCAGAUGAGUUUGAUAGGCGAGUUAAUGCCACUAGAGCUAGCAGUGAAGGCUAUCCUUGGAAGUAUUGCUACAAAUCCAGUAUGAAAGAGAAGCCCAAGGUUCCCUCUUUGACUCUUGUGUUCCCCCUAAACAACACCUUUGUGGUUCAUGAUCCUGUUUUUCUGAUCUACGGAAUGGAGGGGGUUGCUGCAUUUUGUUUGGCAAUACAACCUGCAGAUGGAGACAUUGGAACAAUAGGACAUAACUUCAUGACGGGAUAUAGAAUGGUUUUUGACCGGGAAAAUUUGAAGUUGGGCUGGUCCCACUCUAAUUGCCAAGGUCUUGAAGAUGGUCAGAGCAUGCCCCUCUCACCAAACGGGAGACCUCCGAACCCACUCCCAACGAACGAGCAACAGAGCUCAUCCCAAGGCCAUGCAGUGGCCCCUGCAGUCGCAGGAAGAGCCCCCACUUCAGCAUCAGCUGCUCCGCGAGAGGUGAUGACACCCUAUUUUGGCCUGCUCAGAUUAUUACUGCCUCUGCUGCUACUGCAUCUCCCCGCCCAUCAUCAUCAUAUUGUAGAUUCACUCACCUGCUAAUCGAGACCCUUCCCGGGGACUCCCAAAUUUUCACCAUAAUCUCCUUACCCUGUAAAUCUCUUGGUUCUUGCGUCAAUAUAUAUAUAUAUAUAUAUAUAUAUAUAUAUAUUUAAAUAUAUAUAUAUAACAUGUGUAGGUGGGGAUAUUGGAAUCAACCGGUGCCAUCGGUUUUUGUAUUUCGUAGGCUACCGGUUCGAUCAUGACCCGCAUGGACCUUUGUAUAUUAUGUUGGUUAAUAGAUAUUCCUCUAGACUGUUUUAUUCUA